AAGGGCUGGGCCUGUGUCUCGGGGACGCGGAUAAGGGCACGGCCUGUCUUUAGGGGGCGUGGCUAAGGCCAGGGCCUGUUUCUAAGGGGCGUGGCUGCGUGCGUUUGGUCACGUGCUGCGGGAGAAUGACCCUGAAGGAUAUUGCCCGUUGGAAUGCCAGGGUCUCCCUGGUUUAUGCCGUUGGCAUCUGGACCAUGCUCGGCACCUACGGCUUCUUCCACCUGAGAAGGAAGCGACAAGAGGCGACCACCAGGAGCGGCGCCGAGGACGCCACCGAAGUCAUGUGCCAAGCUGAACUCCAAGAGAGCAUCACUUUUGAGUCUCCGAAACAACCUCCCAAAGAAUUUGUCAAGACAAAUGUUGUUGUAAAGGAAGGAUUUGUCCCCUUUUCAUCCAGAAUCUACACGUACGGGAAAUCUAUCUUUGGUGUUCCACCUGAUACUCCAGUAGAGAAAUAGAAUUCAAAUGAUGACUGCUUUGGAUGGUAUUGUUAAAAGCUCAUGAUUCAGUCUUCCUUUGCCACUGAGGGAUUUUGCAAACAAACAUACUUUCAAUUUGUACAAAUGCUUUGAGAAGGGCAAACUGCGCUUGAGCAUCUGGUUUCUACCCGGGAGCAUUUUUUGAUCUAUUACCUUGUACGGAGCUUGUGUCAGUUUUUAAUGGAUAGUAUCUGUAGCAUCUCUACAGUGCUGGCUUUGCACCUCAUGUGGAGAGGGAUUUCAGUUGCAUUUUGAGAGAAUUCAGCUGUUUUUAAAUUAUGCACAACAUUUUUUUAGUCAAAUAAUCAAACUCUGCAGAACACCUUUUUGUCAGUGCAGACCCAUUUUCUUUCUUUGUCCCUUCCUCGCAUUAUUGCUUUGAAGCCAGUCAGCUUGGAGUGCUGAGAUGAAUGAUCCUUCCUGUCUCUCCAGGUGGCCUUAGCUUUUUUAAAGGUGGCUGAAUACUAUACUCCAGAUAGUGAGUUGGUGGAGGAUAGUACUGGAAUCUUUACUCUGUCUUACCUUCAUUUACAUAGUGAAACAUUUACAAGCAUUCACCUCCAAACUCAACUAGACACAGUUUCAAUAAGUGUCUCUUUAACAAAAACAAAAAUCGCUGGAAAAACUCAGCAGGUCUGACAGCAUCUGCGGAGAGGAACACAGUUGACGUUUCGAGUCCGUAUGACUCUUCAUCAGUAUCUCUUUAUAUGUGCUCAAGUGAAACCCCAGUUAAAGCCUGCCACUCGCAUACAAUUAACAAUGAAGACCCAAGCUAGAAGGAAAUAUUCAGUGUCAACACAUCUGGGUCUAAUGUUUUCUUCAUUAUUCACUUAAGAGUUAUAUAAUUAUACAAAUUAAUUAUCAAUGUAUACAUCUAUUUGAUUUCUUAAUCAGCAGAUGAGAAAAAGAGUAAAACUUGUCUAAAAGCAAUGUGCAUCUUGCUACCAUCAUAAUAAACCUUCACUGUGAAAGAAGGGUCAAUAUGAAAAUCUGUUGUGAAGUUAUGCCUCUGAAGUCUCCCAAAUAUCUGGAUUGUAAGUUUAAUUCUGCACAUUGAUUCGUAUAAUGGUUUAAGUUCCAAGGGGAGGAGGGGUGGGGAGGUACAAUCAAGCUAUCUGUUCCCUUCGACUCACAUUACCUAGGCGACAGGCACUGAAAUUUUUUAUUGUGCUGGCUAGCCUACUAAUUUUCAUUGUCUUUUUUGUGGAUAUAACAUUGUGGGGGUUCGGUGAGUGCACCCCAAUUACUGUAACUGAUUCUUAAAUGGCGGGCUGGACUCAGUGUUUGUGGACAGUGUCCAGCCAAAGCAUGCAAUAACUAACAGGAAUUUGAUCUGUGUGAUUUCUGUUUUGAAGUUUUCAGAAAUAAACUCUGAUUAAAAGCUAA